CGCCGCCCUUCACCUGCUCACAGCCGGAUUUAAACUGUCUGGUAAGAAAUAGCACUUGCAUGGAGCCGAGCUGGCUGAAGGUCACUGCCUGGACUCCCUCUGCUCCCAGCAGUCUCCACGUUUCUUCUGAUGUUUUCCGUAAGGAGGACGGAAAACUGGUCCCUGUGCUUCAGAUAGAGUGGAAAGUGGCCACGGAUGCCAGCAUCCGCUGUCUGGAAGGGGCCGAGCUCGCCGUCAUGCAGGUGAACAGCAAUCAGCAGAUCUGUGCCCAGUUUGACUUCCAGAACAAUUUGCCUCUUCAGGUCCGUCCAGACGGAGGCCGGUGGAAUUUCACUUUUGACCGUUUUGAAGUAGAACCUGGCCAGACUUACCAAGUGACUGUGUAUCACCUGCCCAAACUGGGUGUAAAUGGAGACUACAAUUGCAAGUCCACGUCUCUCACAAUGCCUGACUGCAGUGAUUCUCUGAUGAAAAGAACCAUCCCGUGCAUAAAGACAGGCAGCUUGUGGGAACCCAGGAUCCAGGGUGAAAGUCUGGAUGAUACAACUCUGCUCGUGAGAUUCCACCCAUGGACGGAGCCAGCCCGGUACCAAAUCCACGUGACCAGUUACCUGAAUGACAAGAGGUGUAAAAUGAUCACACAGGAUUUCACUGAGGAUGGACUACAACAGCAAGUGAAUGCCACAAUCAAAAUCGAGAAGAACAUAAAAGCUUGCUGCAGAUACAAAGUACAGAUUCAGCCAUUCUUUGCAAACUGUGGCACAGACUGUCUGAGACACUCUGCUUUCAUCCCAUGUGAACCAGUUCCAAGUACAGAACCAUCGGAUGAUAUGAUGAUAUGGCUCUACUGGUGUAUCACUGGGAUCUCUGUGUUGCUGGUGGGGUCAGUCAUAGCAGCUGUGCUGUGUAUGACUAAAAAACGAGCAGAGCGCCGGCGAGGGAAAUGCAACCACGACGGUUUGCAAGCUGCACCGUACACCGAGCUGCCCCUGCCGCCCCUGAAGCUGCGGAAGGUUUGGAUUGUGUACUCUGCUGAUCACCUGCUCUACGUGGACGUGGUGCUGAAGUUUGCUGAGUUCCUGAUGACAGUCUGUGGCACUGCUGUGGCCUUGGAUCUGCUGGAAGACCACCACAUCUCGGAGCUGGGGCCCUUACCGUGGCUCACGCGGCAGAAGAAGGAAAUGGAAGAGCUGUCUUCAAAGAUCAUCAUCUUGUGCUCCCGGGGCACCCAGGCCAAAUGGCAGGCCAUGCUCGGCAGCGAGCCCGUGUGUCUCAAGCAAGAUCAGCAAAAGCCAGUGGGAGACCUGUUCACCCCAGCCUUGAAUCUGAUCCUGCCAGAUUUCAAGAAGCCAGCCUGUUUUGGAAUGUACAUAGUUUGCUACUUCGAGGGAAUAAGUAGUGAGAGAGAUAUACCUGAUCUGUUCAAUGUCACAUCCAGAUACCAACUGAUGGACAAGUUUGAGGAUGUUUAUUUUCGGAUUCAGGAUCUGGAGAAGUUUGAACCUGGGCGGAUCCAUCGAAUCCAGGAAAUCACAGCUGAAAAUUACAUCGAUACCCCCAGUGGGAGGAAGUUGAAAGAGGCCAUAGAGAAGUUCAAGAAUUGGCAGACUGAGCACCCAGACUGGUUUGAGAGUGAAACCAUCUGUUUGGAUAGUGAUGAGGAGUUGCAUUCCCUGAACAGAGAGAGCCAGGUGGAUUCACUGCUGAGUGAGCCAGGUGGAAUUGUGAAACACCAGCUGCACCCACGUGAGCCUGACCCCAGCUGCUGUUACGCCAUCAACCUCCACAUGCACGAAGGUGAAAGUACAGGCUGCAAGCUGCAGCCUCAGCUUAAUCCAUGUGGGCAUCCAAAUUCCCAGACUGUGGUCCUUCCUUUGGAUGUUCCUCUAGUUCAGGUAGUGGAGCCAGUCUCUUCCAUGGAAGAUAGAAAUAUACUCAGUCACCAUGUGCUGAGCAAUGAGGACUGUAUGGAAGGAGUUCCUCUUCUGGAGACCAGCUUUCCAAUGAGGAAUAACGUCAUCCUCCACGAUGGCUCUGAAGCUUCAGUAGCUGACCACCAGAGUCCUGCAAACUUGUCAGAUGACCUGAGUGACCAUCUGAAUGGACUCAUGUACCCCCUUUAUCAGCAGAGUGUCAUUCCUUCAGAGCCGUAUCUCUGCCAGGGGGAGGCUGACAAGCAGCACCAGCUGGUCUUUGAGGAGCAGUGCAAAGACCAGAGACAGUCAGUGCAGUCAGACCAGGGCUACAUCUCCAGGUGCUCCCCUCUGCCUCCUGAGGACCUUCUGGAGGAGGAGGAAGAGGAGGAGGAGGAUCAGGAACAACAGGGGGGCUUCCAUGAACUCUCUCCAGAGGUUUUGAGCAGUCUGAAGAGCCUCCAGAAGCAGCUGUUUUUCCAGGACAUCCAGAGGCUCUCUGGCUGGAGCUAUCCAGCAGAGGUGAUGGACAUGGACCAAUCUUUGGAGGACUGUUAGGCUCUGCCUGGGACCUGCCCUGUUUGAAAUACAGGGAUGGAAGGUGGUCCCAUGCAGAGUAGUACUGAGACUGCAUUUCCAGCACUCUCCUCAUCCUUGUAUUGCAAAUGGCUUAGUGCUGGGACCUUCCUGUGCUGCUGGGAUGCAGCACUGCCCAGCAGAUGUGGAAUGUUGCUUCCAGUCUCUGUGGAAAGAAGCCAGGAGUAGUGGCCACCCCUGUGAAAGAACAGGCAGUGAUUCUGUUCCUUGGGGAAAAGCAUUACACUGAAUUCUCACUGAUGGAUGGCAGAAAAAUUACUGUGGCUCAUCCACUCGUGCCUUCAAAAUGCCCUCCAGCUGUGCUGAUUCUAUUGCACUGGAUAAAAGUCACAGGCAUGGUUUAGAAAAUAGGUUUAAAUAACAUGGUGACAUUUGCAUUGCCAUUUUAAUACACAUUUUGAACAUUUCCUUGUAAAUAGUGUAUUAAAGACGUGUGCCUUAAAUUUCAGCUAGAUUAGGGCUGUCUCUACGUGGUUGAUAAAUGUGCCUAAAGAUUUUUUUUUUCCCCCACUCAUCAUUCUUUUGCAGCUGCAUUUCCAUGGUCAUUCAGAA